AUGGACAUCAACCACGAAAUUGAGCAUUAUGAUCCUGAUGUCCCAUUUCGGGCUUGCUCGGGAUAUAAACAUCACACGUGGGCGAAAACGUUCCAUUCGUAUCCAGAGUACUAUAUCCAGCCUCGCAGUAUUGAGGAGCUGAGAAAGACUAUCAUUCUUGCUCGAAAAUGUCGGCGACAUAUCACUGUUACGGGUUGCAGCCAUUCUCCUUCAGAUCUAACAUGUACGAGCUCUUGGCUUGUGAACAUCGACAAUUUAGAUCAAGUACUAGAUAUGGAUGAAGAGACGGGUGUUGUACAGGUGCAAAGCGGCAUACGUCUUCAUGACUUCGGCUCGAAACUUGGAGAAGUAGGUCUGGCAAUGCCAAACCUGGGCAGCAUUGACCAUCAGUCUAUUGCGGGCGCGAUCAGCACUGCAACACACGGAAGCUCGCUGCAGCAUGGUUUGCUCUCUCGCUCGGUGCUUGCCCUGAAGAUAAUGCUAGCGGAUGGUACUAUAGCAUCCUGUUCUAAAGAGGACAAUUUGGAUCUCUUCCGCGCUUCUUUGGUCAGUCUUGGGGCGAUCGGGAUCAUUACUGAAAUUACGUUCCAGGCUGUACCCGCGUUCAAUAUAGAGUGGGCGCGGCGUGUGCUUCCACUAAGUGAAGUCUUAGGGAAAUGGGACGGCGAUUUAUGGAACGCUGGAGAGUUCACCAGGAUUUGGUGGAUGCCCUAUGCCAAGCAGUGUGUCAUUUGGAGUGCAAACAAGACCACAAAACCUCUGCGUCCACCGCCAAACGAGUUCAUGGCCGGGAAACUAGGGUAUCAUAUAUAUCAAGCGCUUCUCUACAUCUCAAAUUGGGUAUCCCCACUGGUACCAUUGUUGGAAAGACUACUGUAUAAAUCUCAAGAGGGAAAGACGACCACAGCAGUCGCAAACGGACAUAGUGGUCUCUUGAUGAAUUGUUUCUUCUCUCAAUUCGUUAAUGAAUGGGCAAUUCCUCUUAAUAAAGGCCCUGAAGCAUUGAGUCGUUUGUCACGCUGGCUCAAUGGUGAGGAGGAAUCCGGAAUUCCAUUCAGCUCCAAAGGCCUCUUCGUCCAUGCACCAAUUGAAGUGAGGAUCACAGACUCCACGUCGACGAAACCCAGACCAUACCUCGACAAUACCGUGUCGGAUGGUCCAACUUUGUAUUUGAAUGCUACCCUCUACAGACCGUACCUGGCUGACCCGCCUUGUCGCGCUCGAUAUUACGAAGCAUUCGAGUGGUUGAUGAGAGAGAUGGGUGGUCGGCCUCAUUGGGCAAAGAAUUUUGCAACCAUUACCAGUGAAGACAUCACCACUAUGUAUCCAGAAGCGGAAGAUUGGGUUCGCAUUCGAAACAAACUAGAUCCAGACGGCAUGUUUAUAGGUGACUGGCACCGACGGCUGUUUUUGUUAGGUCGGCAACUUCCGUUGGAGGAACGUCUUUACCAGAGCAAGUCCGCUUGGGCAGGGGGAACUCACUGGUACGGAACGAUGGAUAACGGAAAGCCAAGCCCACAAGGCAGUGACGAAAGCUUCGAUCUCGUUGAUGCAGAGAUUAAAGCAUAG